GGACGCGCCCUACAUGUGCAAAGCAAAGACGAAUGGCAAGAGCCCAUCGGACUACUACUGCGUGGAACAAAACUCCGACUGUGAAGUCUAUGAGGGACGACGCCCCUGCGAGGGCCCGCCGGGCGACGAAGGCGGUGCCGGUGAAGCCGGUGACGCAGGUCCGAUUGGUGAGGAUGGACGAACUGGUGACCCAGGUAUGGCCGUGGAGGCUCCGCCUCCAACGAAGCCAGCCGGGAGAGCGAGAUCGUUCCUCGCGCAGGGCGCCUCCCCAGCAGAGCUCGUCGGUGCUGUAGCUGUGAACUGCAUGUUGGCGCUGCUUGUCUUCGCAAACCUCAGGGGCAAGAUCAAGGACCGCAUGGAUGGAAAG